AUGAUAUCUAGCUACAAUCUCGAUCACUUCGAUAUGCUCGAAAUUAUAGCUUCUACAUCGAAACCUGCACAAACUAGGACACGGAAUACAACUCCGAAACAGUCGCAGUCGACUUUCCUGCGACUACCUCCGGAGCUGCGUCUGAAGAUCUACGAAUAUGCCCUCGCAGUCCCCAAUGAAUACACAGACCGUCCGCUGAUCGUCGUCAACGAUCGCGGCAACACCUUUACCUCACGCGGACAGUUCCGCGCCCUCUCCAUGUGUCCCAGCUGGGUAGGGCAGGAUGGCACAGCACGCAAUCUACUAUCUGUCAACCGCCAGAUCCACGACGAAGCAGAGGAUUUUCUCUACUCGCGCUACACCCUGUUUUUCCUGAACUCAUUUGAUCUGGACCGUCUCGGCGCGUUCCUGGAUACCCUCAGCGCGACGGCGCGCAGCCGCAUCCGUAGCGUCGGCUUCGAAAUCUGCUUCUUUGUGCAUUCGCAGACGGGGGUACCGAAGCGCAUGCUGAAGGACUACGAGCGCGCUGGACGCCUGCUCAUGGAGAAGCUGCCGCAGUGGUCCAGUGUCUUCUUUUAUCUGGAUCCGAGGUUCUACUAUCCGUCAGCUUCGGUGGGUGGGCGCGAGCUAUCGGCUCGUGGGGUCCUCUAUCUGGCGACGGUGUUUGGGGCGCUGAGGAAGGAUCUGCAUUUCUUUCCGUUGCCAUCAAGUCAUCGGCAUGUUAUGGAUGAGGCGCAGAGAUUGUUGAGGAGGGGGAGUCGGUCGUCGCAGAGUCGGCCUUCUCUCUGA